CUGAAACGUAGUGGGGUGGGGUCGCUGUGAUGCGCAACCAGCAAGCCGAUCCAGAACGCGCAUGCAACGUGCUCAACACAGCAAAUCCAAUCUAUUUAAACUUAUAUUAUCUAUUUUUUAUUUAUUAUUCUAUUUUUAAUCAUCCAGCAAGAUGACCAUUCAUAUUCUAGAACAACAAGCAUCGUAAGACCUCCUGUAGCCUAUAGAAGCAUUUUUCCUGACUGGACAGAAUUUGAGUGGGCGCAGGGAGAAUAAUUUCCCCAUCUCCGAUUCGUGAGUAGGACGUUCAGUCAGCAGUCGCAUCAGCUCCACUUUCAUUCUGAUUUUAAGAACAUAGGGUAUUCAUUUGCAAUCAUCUAUCAUGGCUUGGCCGUGCAUCACACGGGCUUGCUGCAUUAAUCGCUUCUGGAGUGAGUUAGACAAAGCGGAUAUAGCCGUGCCUUUGGUUUUCACGAAGUAUUCGGAUGUGGCGGAGGUGCAACACCUUCAUCCUCAGCCACCAACUAGACAGAAGAGGACCGGCCCUAUCAACUUAGAAACCCAGCCUUCUCACGAUGAACAGGAGGCGGCAGCUGGCAAGGCACCGCCCGCGACGGGUGCCGCAUCAGGAAAACAUGGCUCUAGUGCAUCCGUGAUGCGCCAAGACUUCAGGGAAUGGAAAGAUAUACGCCCGGAGCCCAGCUGCAAACCCAAGAAUGAAUAUCACCCUUCCGCAACCCCUUUCAACAACGUAACCCAGUAUCAAAAGGAUUAUAAACCAUGGCCUAUCCCAAAAAGGGGCGACCACCCGUGGAUUCCCAAACCCAGUCCCACUGCCUCCUCCGUUGACCAAGGAGACGUGGGGGGCAAAUAUGAGCAUAUAGAGCCCGAGAGCGGUAUGGAGAAGAGUGAAAUUGAAGAAAAGGUACAGGAGAAGGAAUCCAAAGAGAGGAAAAAGAAGCAAGUGAAGACUGUAGAGAAGGUGAGUGCCAAAAUGGAGGGACAGCCACCUGCAGAUGUCCCUGUGGAGGGGAAAGGAAGGGCAGCAGCAGACGCGCUGAACAGACAAAUAAAACAGGUCGUCUCAACUGGUACUGGCAGCUCUUACAGGAAUGAGUUUAAGGCAUACAAAGAUAUGAAGCCAACCAAGGCCACCAAGCCCCAGUCUCAGUACAAACCCCCUGUGGAUGACAAGGACCAAACCAGCCUGGAAACCAGCUACAGCGCCACCUACAAGGGGGAACAAGCUAAGGUGCUCCCCGCUGACAAUAAGACCCUGGAGCGCAGGAGAAUACGCAGCCUGUACAAUGAGCCAGGCAGCAAGGAUACAACCAAGGUGGACAAGACAAAAGCCAAAACAAAAAAGACACCAACGACAACGAGCAAAAUUGUGAAAAAGGCGAAGGAGAAGGCCAUUACCGGAGCACUGUCAACCAAGAAGAAAUCCUCCACGAGCACCAAACCAGACGAGUCCAAGCCAGAGGGAGGCGUUAUUUCAAAGAAGAGCAAAGAGAUAAGCAAUAGACUGGCUGAAGCGAAACAAUAAAAACAAAAUAUCUCUGCACUAUUUAUUUAGGAAAACGCAACCUAAUGAAUUAGGAAACUCACAUACAUUUGGUCUAUCUCUUUCACUGUCUGUUUUGUCAUGUUCCACAUCUCUGUGUAGGUCUAGUUUGACAGCUUAAUGUUUUCACUUUGCAGUAUUUAACUAUAAUGCUGUAUAUAUCUGUGUGUGCAUGUGUUUUUGUGUGUGUGUGUGUGUGUGUGUGUGUGUGUGUAGUUCCUUGCUUGGAAUUCUUUUUCUUCUUCACAUUCUUCUGAUGCAUUUGUCGAGCCUUUGAAGAAAGAAUACCAUUCUAAGACAGAGAGCCAUUGAUAUAACAAUAUAUAUUUCUCUUUAAAGAUUUUUAAAGGCAGGGAUUUAGUAUUUUUUUUUCUGACUUCAGAUAUCUCGGGUUUUGGAGCAGAGGACACCAACUGAAAUUAUGUUUUAGUGUCAUCAUACUGAUGAUAGACUGCCUAUGGGUAUUCUUUUUGACCUCUUAGACUGUAUGGGCUAUGUGGUCUCUAUAGAUAUAACAUCUUAAUUACUGUAUCAUUUCCUGGUUACAGUGACUUCACUCUCGGGCCUAGAUUUUUUUUCAUUGUUGUGGAGGAUAUCUGGUCUCAUGAAUUUGGUUGCUAAGAUACCAACUGAACUGUAAUGUAAUUGCCACAGCUUGCAUGCAAGACCAUUUUUGUGGUCCUUAAGUGAUAUUCUAGUAUCCAAAUCUAACAGUCUUAAUCUAGCAUAUUAUUUAAAUAACCUCUGAGAAAUCCAAGGGUGCAAAUCAUUUCUUGAAAAACUGCAUGUCUAGUGAUAGUCUGACCUCACUCCAUAAUUCUCCACACAAACAAACAAGACUCAGUGACGCAGACUAAAUCUAUUAGUCUAGUGCCUGUUGUGGAUAUUAUGUCAACCCAUCAGCCCUUAUUGUACCCAUGACAAGCCUGUGAUGCUAUUAGACGCAACACUAUUACUGUUUGCACAUAUAUUACACAGGAAAUAGCACAAGCUACAGUAUUCACUAAGCCACCUCCACAUUCAAUGGGCUCAGUAGUUAGGUUAAAAACGAUCAGGAUUCGCCCACCGUUAGAAGAUUGAAACCAUUUAUUGGAACAUGCAGCCACCUGUCUUGACCCACUGAUGUAACAAACAUUCAUCUUGAGUACUGCUUUUGAGGCAUCUCACCGUGUCUCUCAUUCCUGUGCACUUGCAGUCCACCAGUAUGUGGCAGUCUUCCUGCCGUCUGCUGCUGCUGUGUCUGCUAAUGUCUUAUACCCCCAGAAAACACAUGUCCUGCGCUCUGCUGCCUGUCAGUGUUCCAGCCAGUGUUUGAGAGGUGAGAGCCCUCUUACCGCCUGACCACAGUACAGUGACUAACGUGCUGAGUACACCUUGGUGCUAUAACUCUCUCAUAUAUGCUGUCAGUUUGAGGCGAAUGUACUGAAAUGACAACAAUGUCAUACCCCGCAGAUGUGUUGUGAUUGCGUGCUUGUAUCCUUAGCUUGCUCUGAAUGAACUGAUUAAAACCUUUAAAGCAGAA